ACCAUCUGGCCCUGGACCUUUGUUAAUCUUAACCUGUUCAAGUCUCUUUUGAAUUUCUUCUUGUGUGAACCAUGCUCAUGUGUCUGGGAGUAACGUAUUGGACUCUGUUUGUUGCGAGCUGUUCCGUAAUUCCCCAGGAGGUAAGAGUCGAUGUAUUGGAUGGUCAAUGAGAUUUCACUUCGCGUAUAACCUGUACUCAGUAAUAUUAAUUCUUCAUGAAUCCUAACUUAUAAAAAAUUGUACCCUCUUAUCCUUUUGUGGGGUUGGACCAUCCCUUUUAUACGGAGUGCCGUGGCCGCAAUAGAAAGUUUUUUUGCAGGCAUUUCCCUGACCCUGAUUGAUGACCUGUGCCCACCUGAAAAUCGACGAGGGACUUUAUGCAUGUUUAACAGUUUCAGCUAUAUAAUGGGUGCCUUUGGGAUCGUUGUGGGAGCAAUUGUGCCAGUCUACUUAGGCUCAAACUGGCGUCAUGCACUGCAGACAGUUGCAGGCUUGGGAUUAGUGUGCCUAGUGUUGCUAAUCUGUUUCAUGAAGGAACCACCUAGAUGCUACACUGAGGACCACAGUGAUGACCCUCAGAUGCAGAUCCUCAGUUUCCAAUAUAUUUGGAAGUUGACCUCCUCCUUCUUCAAAAAUCUGAGGAUGCUAUUUAAAAUACGGACCUUUGUUUUUCUCACCUUCGCUUCAUGGUCCGUGACGUUCAUUAAUGAAGCCAUGUUUGCCCUUGUUCCUGAUUUCCUGAACCAAACCAGGGCCGUGACAAGCAGUUUGUUUCCCUGUCUGUUGCCAGAUUGUUACUACAGCGACUUCAUGAUCUAUGGUUUGAUUAAAUACAUGGCUGACAUAGUGGGGAUACAAAUAGGAAUGGUGAUCAUCACUCGGUGGUUCAAGAUGUGUCCAUUCGCUGAUCGACUGGUAUCUGGUUUAGGACUUUUGGCCUCUGGAUCUUUCAUAUGCAUCUUCCUUUUCAGUGUAGAAAUCAGCUUUACCCUUGCCUAUGGGUUCAUCUUUGUAGGUGGCGUUCUACUGAAUAUAAACCAGGCUGUAGCUACUGACAUGAUACUGUCGGUAGUAAUGCCAAAUUCCCGUGGCACAGCAAUAGCCUUGCAGGGUUUUAUAGCACAGUUAGGAGGAGGGGUAUUUGCCCCAUUUAUCAUUGAGAAGAUUUCUGAGGUGAUCCAGAUGUGGCAACCAGAAACCAGCCCAUUGCACUGCUUGCAACAUGCCUUGAUAAUAUUGACAUUUCUGGCAGUGAUUGGAGGAUGCUUCUUCCUCUGUACAAUCUUUUAUGAAGAGGAUCGGAAAGUAGUUGAACAGGCCCGCACCCCAAGCCCACCACCUGAAUUGAACCUACAGGACAUACUGGUGUACGACUCUGAAGAUCCUGGAUAUGCUGCUCAGCCUUCUCUAGAAUUGGCUCCUGAGUCUCCAGAUUCUGCUGCAGAACUACCUGCUCAGCCCCCAGAUCUUGAUACAUGCAGGUUCUGCUGCUUUCCCUUUCUAGGACUGGCUCCUAAGCUUUCAGAUCCUUCUCCAGAGAUACCUGCUCAGCCUCCAGAUCCUUCUCUAGGACUGGCUCCCGAGCCUCCAGAUCCUGCUCCAGAACUACCUGCUCAGCCUCCAGAUCCUUCUGUAGGACUGGCUCCCGAGCCUCCAGAUCCUGCUACAGAACUACCUGCUGAGCCUCCAGAUCCUGAUACAUGCAGGUCCUGCUGCUUUCGCUUUCCCUUUCCUAGGACUGGCUCCUGAGCUUCCAGAUCCUGCUCCAGAACUACCUUCAUUAAUGAAGCCAUGUUUGCCGUUGUUAAUGAUUUCCUGAACCGAACCAGGGCUGUGACAAGCAGUUUAUUUCCCUGUCUGUUGUCAGAUUGUUACUACAGCGACUUGUAAGUCUCCAGAACUUGUACAUAUUUAGGGCCAGAUUUAUCAAGGGUCGAAUUUAAAAUUCAUGGGAAUGGGAAACACAUGAGGGAAACGAGGUGGGUGGAGAACAGGGAGGAGAAAACUAUAGACAGGGAGAACACCUGAACAUAUAGCAUAGGAACCAGAGCCAGCCCUAAGAGCCUCCAGUGGCUCAUGGAGUAAGUGCAGCACACAGGGUUCAAGUCCCGGGCUGGUCCUUACAUAACCCCCCCCCACUUGAGGAUCGACCACCGGGCAAUCCCAAAGUCGAAUGCCCCCCCAUACUUUUUAGUCCAAUAAGUGGAACACUACUAGGACCCGGAAUGGGGGCAUCAAAAGGAACAGAAACCACUUCGCAAGAGUCAUGAACCACCUCUCCAGGAUCAGGGACCAGAGCAGAAACAUCACAGGCACCCAUUACAGGUGGCGAACCAGGAGGCACCCAUUCUGAUUAGAAGAAAAGAGGUUCCACCUAAAUAUU